GAUGUCUGCGCCCGGGAGUGGCUAAUAGUUUGUUUGAAAUUCGUAAUCUUUAGUAAACAUUUACGCGUACUAAGCGUAGUUUACGUAACUUAGUAAGUUGGAGUAAUCGGAAAGGAUGAGCUUUGAUGCUCAUGUUGAAAGGGAGUUUCCGGGAUUGUAUCCUGAUGAAGAUGACAUGGUGGGUGAAGAACCGGAAAGACCCCCAAGAAAGAAAGAUGGCAAAAAGAAGGAUAAGAAGAAAGACAAGGAAAAAGGAUACAAGGCAUUUGAGGGAGAGAGUUCUGGAGAGGAACUGGUGCCAGAGGGCUCAAAAAGCCCUACAAAAAUUAAGAAGUCCAAGCACUCAUUUAGGUUUGCUAAGAAAUCAGAAAAACCCAAAGUGAAGGAGCGAGAAAAAGACAAAGACAAGAAUAAAGACCGGGAAAAGGACAAGGACAAGUGUAAAGAUAAGGAUAGAGAUAAAGAUAAAGAUAAAACAAAGGGUGAUAAAGAUCGUGACAAAGACAAAGAGAAAGCUAAACAGCGACACAAACUGAAGCUAAAAAUGAAAAGGAAGCUCCAGCAGAAAGAAGAUUCAAUAGAUAUUCCAGAGAGGCCUGUGUUUGGUGUACCACUUUCUCUGGCUGUAGAGAGAAGCAUGUGCCAUGAUGGUAUAGAACUACCCAUCAUUGUACGAGAGUGUAUUGACUUUGUUGAAGAGAAUGGAUUGAAGUGUGAGGGGAUCUACCGACAACCCGGCACCAAGUCGAAAGUGGAGACAUUGAAAAAAUGCUACAACAAGGGUCUAUGCCCGAAGCUGACUGACUAUGACUCCAACACCGUCGCCAGCCUGCUGAAGCAGUAUCUACGAGAGAUCCCGGAGCCUAUCAUCGCAUCAGACCUGACGAACCGUCUUGAGGAAGCCUGCGCGAGGAAAAAUGAGGAGCAGAAGCUAGGAGCAGUGAUGCAAAUUCUUCAGGAACUGCCACUACACAACAGACUGCUACUGUCUUGGAUUAUAAAGCACAUGGUGCAUGUUAUUGAGAAGGAGGCGGCCAACAAGAUGAGUCUGCAGAACGUGUCAAUCGUACUUAGUCCGACGCUGCAAGUCAGUCAUCGAGUGCUCAACAUGUUCUUCAUUCACCACGCUACUCUCUUCAAAGGGACUCAAAUAAAAAAGUACAUUCCUGCGCUAAAGCCAGGAACGUCAACCAGACUGUCACUGGAGCUGCCUGAUAACCCGGCCUGCAUUGAGGAGGAGAUACAGAGACAAGAGGGCAUCCUCAACCAGCUGCAUGCAGAGAUCAAUGCUGGCAACACGAGCAAGCAGAAGGAGGAGCUACUCUGGGAGAUUCAGCGCAUUGUCACCCAACUAAAGCGGAAGUUAAGGGUUGCCAAGCGGGUGGCUGACAUCAAGAGUCAAGCGAGGAAGGAGGAUGGAACUGCUCUGGGUGCAGAGAGCACAGGGAAGGGUGGAGGCGAGAGCUCAACAUCCACUCCUAGCAAGUCACCGCGUACAAGACAAAGUAAAGGUGAUUCGGGUAAAGGUCGGGCACCUGAUCCAACUAAAGCCAUACAGGCGAUCCGACUGAGUGUUGAUGCUGCUGCUUUGGCAAAGAAGGAGCUAAAAGAAGCAGCGGCUGAGUUCGCAGAGAAGGAAGUCAAGAGCGUAUCGGCUGUGGCUGCCGAGAAGGGCGAAACUGCAACAGCCAAAGAGAACAGCGUUAUGAAGACGGCGUCGGAUGACAUGCAGGCAGAUGCAGAUGUCGUGAAACCUGAUGAAAUAACGAUAGAACUGUCUGAUAAUGAAGAGCCAGAGGACAAAUCCAACGUGGCCACUGACCUUGUAGAUAGUGUGAGUAGGACGAAAGGAAAGAUACCAGUGGAGAGCUCCCAUGAGUUGUCAGAAACGGAGGGCCAAGAUGGGAAACAACCCGAUACUCAAGAGCUACCUAGUGUGGUGCCAACGGAAGAAACACAGACACCAGUAACUCAAGGGAAUGUAAAACAAGAAGACAAGCCACUUACAGCUGUGUCUACAAAAUCAGAAGACACAUCUGGUCUGACGUACGAGAUGCUAGACUUGCUUGCUGAGCAGCGCUAUCUCAAACUGGAGGAGGACGACCUGCUAUCCAUUGCCAAGACGCUGCGGCAGCGGAUACAGGCCGAGAGAGAUGAGAUCGCGAGGCUGAGAGAAGAGAUCAAUGCGAUCGAGAGCUCACGACUAGAGGACAGCAGCAGCGAGGCGAGCUCGCUCUCCGACUUCGAGUCGACGAGCUCGAGUGAGAGUGAGGAUGAGGAGGAGCUGCUGAUGGUGCUAAAGAAACUCAUGGAGGAUAACGAUCAGCUGGAGAGCAAGAACAUAGAUCUGACAAGGCAAGUUGUGAAGGAGAGGCAAGCCUGCGUUGGCAUCCGAGUACAGAUCCGUCUGAUUCAACAGCAGCAGGAAUACAAGGGCGAUAAGGACUUUUCCCCACACAAGGAAACCAUUCUGUAACUUGUUAAAUAAUGCAUAACCAAGUAAUACUGCGUAAUACCACCCCCCCCCCCAUCUUUUUGCAAUAUAAGGAAUUAACUCUUUCAUCUUUAUGAAACAUGUAUUCAGACAAUGCUUAUUAUGCAAACAGGUUUCUGUGUUAAUGUCAUGCGUAAAGGACUAAUUGACUUCAGACUAGGUUACAAUUGGUUGACUAUUGACAGAUAUUCCAUAUAUAUGAUAUUGCUUUUGAGCAUUACAGGAGAAAAUUGCCAAUCUGGGACGGUAUUCAUUCUGAAAGUUGGACAGUUCUAUCCUAAAACCAGGAUAAACUUGUAUAGUUCAGAGAGAGAGAAGAGUAUUGUUUUGUGUAUGCGAUAUCAUUUUAUCCACUCAGCAGGCAAUAUAACAUUGCAAAUUAAAAAGAUAAACUUAAAUGGCAUGUGACAGCUUACACAAGGUGUUUAUAUGUAUAUAUUUAUGUACCUGAGUAAAGGUUACUCAGUAGUAGCUUUGGCUAAAAUGCAGGUAGGCUCAGUGCCAAUCACUGUUACAGUGUUAGGGACUCAUGUAAAUUUGAUUAUAUUAACGAUGAACUAAGCGCGAGAACAUCAGUGGCAGUGCAAGAAAUGCUAUUUUUGGUGAAUGGCACAUGCAUACAACUGAUACUUAUUGUAAAUUAUGAUGAAAAGAGCGGGCCGAGAUUAUUGUUUGCCAUUAAUGAGUUUUAUUGAAGAAAAUGAGAAGAUUCUGGGAUUCAAUAAUGAACAAAUAUAAUUGCUUUGAAUCGAUAA